UGUGUGGCGUGUAGGGCCGGCUGUCCCGCUGUGUCGCCGAUUGUCGCCGUGUGUCGCGAUGGUGAAGCUCACGGCGGAGCUGAUCGAGCAGGCGGCACAGUACACCAACGCCGUCCGAGACCGGGAGCUCGACCUGCGCGGCUAUAAAAUCCCAGUUAUUGAGAACCUGGGGGCCACCCUGGACCAGUUUGAUGCCAUCGAUUUCUCUGACAACGAGAUCCGCAAGCUGGACGGGUUCCCGCUGCUGCGGAGGCUGAAAACGCUCCUGAUGAACAACAACAGGAUUUGUCGGAUUGGUGAGAACCUGGAGCAGGCACUGCCCAGCCUCACAGAGCUCAUUCUCACCAACAACAACAUUGCUGAACUGGGUGAACUGGAUCCAUUAUCAACUAUUAAAUCCUUGACUUACCUGAGUGUUCUAAGAAAUCCUGUAACAAAUAAGAAACAUUACAGAUUAUAUCUAAUUCAUAAAGUUCCCCAGGUCAGAGUACUGGAUUUUCAAAAAGUGAAGCUCAAAGAGCGACAGGAGGCAGAGAAAAUGUUCAAGGGCAAACGGGGUGCACAGCUUGCAAAGGAUAUUGCCAGGAGAGCAAAAACCUUCAAUCCAGGGGCUGGUCUGCCAACAGACAAAAAGAAAACUGGGCCCUCCCCAGGGGACGUGGAGGCAAUUAAGACUGCCAUCGCCAACGCCUCGACCCUGGCGGAGGUGGAGCGGCUGAAGGGGCUGCUGCAGGCGGGCCAGAUCCCCGGCAGGGAGCGCAAACCAGGCCCAUCGGAAGACGGCGAAGAAGAAAUGGAAGAGGACACAGUGCCAAACGGAUCGUAGCUGGGGCCGUGCCGCGCUCCGGCCCCCCCCAGGAGCCCUUUCCCGUGCCGGGCCGUGCCGGUAUCCCCGGCGGGGCCCGCCGCCCCCGUCCUCGCGCAUUUCGCUGUUCAAUAAACGAACGGUCCCUUUUUC